AAGAGAAUUGAUGACCUCAGAAGUCGUUGCCCAGUUCCGGGGAUUCAAUGUUGAGAAAUUCUCAGGGCAAGGAGAUCCUCGUUUAGUCGAGGAGUGGAUUCAGGGUCUGGAAUCUAUUUUCGAGAUCACUGAAUACACAGACAGACACCGUAUUCUCUGUGCACAACUUCAGAUGACAAGAGAUGCAAGACUAUGGUGGAACUCUUACUGGGGCAUGCGUCCUGGUGAGAAGGAGCAUCUCACUUGGAUCCAGUUCAAGGAGAUGCUAGAAGAAAAGUACUAUCCAGCUCAUUACCGUGCUGAGAUGGAACGCCAAUUCCUGGCGUUAGUCCAAGGUAAUCGCUCUGUGGGCGAAUACGAGCGAGAGUUUACCAGAUUGGGAUCUUUUGUCAGUUAUCUUAUAGACACGGAGGCCAAGAAAGCAAGGCGCUUCCAAGAAGGGUUACUACCAGUAAUCCAUCACCAUGUAGCCGGGCAUUGCAUUCAGACCUAUGCUGAAGUGGUGACCAAGGCUCAAGAAAUGGAUGCGAGUUUCAGAAGAGGAGAUGGCCAAGUUCAAGUGUCACCACUUCCUCAAGUUCCAGUCAGUUCCCCAAUGCAGCCCAUGCCUGACCAACCAGCAAAGAACAAACUCAAGAACAAGAGAAAGUUUAAGGGCCCUCAGAAUAACCAAAGGCAGCCAGCUCCAGCUAACCGACUACCAGUUUGUGGAACGUUUGGACGUGCUCAUC